GAUGGAGCACUAAUAGUAACUGGUUCUGCUGAUAGAAAUGUGAAAAUCUGGGGUCUGGACUUUGGGGACUGCCACAGGUCUCUCUUUGCACACGAUGACAGUGUGAUGUACCUACGGUUUGUGCCUAAGUCUCACCUCUUCUUCACUGCUGGGAAGGACCGCAAGAUCAAGCAGUGGGAUGCAGACAAGUUUGAGCACAUCCAAACGCUGGAGGGGCACCAUCAGGAAAUAUGGUGUUUGGCUGUCAGCCCCAAUGGAGACUAUGUUGUGUCAGCAUCUCAUGACAAAUCGCUGAGACUCUGGGAGAGAACGAGAGAACCUCUUAUUCUUGAGGAAGAAAGGGAAAUGCAAAGAGAAGCAGAGUAUGAGGACAGUGUGGCCAAAGAAGACCAGCCAGCAGUUGCAGGGGAGACUCAAGGUGACAAUUACUUCACUGGGAAGAAAACGAUUGAAACAGUCAAAGCAGCUGAGAGGAUCAUGGAGGCCAUCGAGCUGUACCGAGAAGAAACUGCAAAAAUGAAAGAACACAGAGCCAUUUGUAGAGCAGCAGGGAAAGAGGUUCCUCUUCCUGUCAACCCCAUCCUGAUGGCUCAUGGCAAUAUUUUGCCUUCAGCAUAUGUGUUAGAGACCUUUAAAGGAGUCAAGUCUAGGUAAGUCCUUGUGCUUCUGUAACUCACCAGGACAGUCAUGGAGUGUCUGAGUGGAAGUAGAUGAUGGCACUGAUACC